AUGACCAUCUCCUCCCUGAAGUCAGUCCAAGCCAACAUGGCCCCUGUCAGCCCCAACAUCUCUUUCUCAAAUCCAUCCAUAUUCAUCCUAGUUGGGAUCCCCGAACUGGAAAGUUUCCAUGUCUGGUUCUCCCUCCUCUUCUUGCUCGUCUACAUUGUCACCAUCCUGGGGAACUGCACCAUCUUGCUGGUCAUCGCCCGGGAAGAAUCACUGCAUGCACCUAUGUACUUCUUCCUCUGUAUGUUGGCCAUUACCGACCUCAUAGGCUCCACCACAGUCCUGCCCAAAACCCUGUCCAUCUUCUGGUGUGAUGACAAGGAAAUCCACAUAGAUGCCUGCCUGCUCCAGAUGUUCUUCAUCCACUCACUGUCGGUCAUGGAGUCCACCAUCCUGGUUGCCAUGGCCUUUGACCGCUACGUCGCCAUCUGCGAUCCACUCCGCUACAACUCGGUGCUCACCAACUCUGUCAUCGUGAAGAUCGGGUUGGCUAUCGUGGCCCGGGGCUCAGUUUUGGUUGCCCCCUUGUGCUGCCUGGCGAAGGCACUGCCAUUUUGCGGGACCAAUGUCAUCGCCAACACCUACUGCGAACACAUGGGAUUGGUCAAAUUGGCCUGCUCAGGUCUCCUUGUCAGCAAGAUCUAUGGUUUGACGGUGGCCCUCUCUGUCGUGGGCCUGGACUCCAUUUUCAUCGCUCUAUCCUAUUUCAGGAUCGUCCAGACAGUCCUCCGGCUGUCAUCCCCAGAAGCUCGGGUCAAGGCCUUCGGCACUUGUAGGGCUCAUAUCGCAGUGAUCCUCAUGGGCUACAUCCCAGCCCUCUUCUCUUUCCUCAGUCAUCACAUCGGCCACAACGUGGCCCCCUAUGUCCACGUCAUCAUUGGCAACCUCUACAUCCUGGUUCCCCCCACCUUCAAUCCAAUCGUAUAUGGGAUGAAGACCAGGGAGAUCCGGGACAGGGUGCUCAAUCUGUUCCAUAGGAGGAAAGGCCUCUCUUGA